AUGACUGGAUUUGAAAUUGAGAAAGCGAUGGAAAAUCAUGCUAUGAAUUCACAUAUAAAAUGGAAUGGGGAAUGUAAUGGAAGCACGACUGUAUGCUCAAGCACGUACAAAACAUCCACUUUGAAACCUCCAUUUGGGUUGCAUUCUUGUGUCAAACGCAAAACCGUUUUUUACUUCGCAGUUGUGGGUGCGAUACUUAAUCUCAGUCUGAUCACCGCCAUCCUCCUGUUAUCAGUGAGGACAAAGGAACCAUCUCCAGCUCUUCCUACUUGCCCAGUGGUCUCCUGUCCAAAUGGCUGGGUUGGAUACCAAGGGAGAUGCUACUUUUUUGCAGAGGUUGAAGCGAACUGGACAUCUAGCAAGAUGCACUGUUCUUCUCUCAAUGCUACUUUGGCUGUGGUUGAUUCCCAAGAAGAGAUGGAGUUUAUGUUGCGCUACAAAGGUGAUGCAGACCACUGGAUUGGCCUCCAAAGAAACAUAAGUCAGCCCUGGAAAUGGACCAAUGGUACUAUUUUCAAUGGUUGGUUUACAAUUCUUGGAGGAGGAAGCUGUGCAUAUGUGAACCAACAAGGUAUUGCCAGCUCCAGCUGCUCAAGACAAGAACAGUGGAUCUGCAGUAAACCAGUUGUGAGGUGA